CUCGACAGGUCGGCGGUCACACUGUUCUCCAGCUUUCAGUAAAUAAGUGAAAAUCUCGUUUUUGGUUUUUGUUUUAGUCAUAGUCAUUAAAAUUAGUGUACAAAUCAAGUUUAAAUCAUUCCGGAGAUGCCUGCAGUGCGCAAAUAUCGACGCGAGACAAGCGAAAUAAGCUGCUGCCUCAAAUACCUGCUCUUCACGAGCAAUGUUUUCAUAUGGAUGGCUGCUCUUAUGGUGUUGGCCGUUGGCAUCUGGGCUUGGAGCGAGAAAGACAUGUUUCGCAACAUUGCAAAGCUGAGUUUCAUAGCCUUGGAUCCGGCCUUUGUGUUGAUUAUAUUGGGAGGCAUUACCUUCCUUCUCGGCUUCAUGGGCAGCGUGGGCGCUUUGCGGGAAAAUACGUGUCUCUUGGCGGCGUAUGCCAUUUUUCUGAGUAUCUUGCUCAUAGCUGAGAUUGGGUUCUGUGCGUUGGCAUUUGUGCUCAAGGACAAGGGCUGGAUCAAAGACCAAGCCACUGAGGGGCUCAAGGCCUUCAUACGGCAUUAUCGUGAAGACGCCGAUCAGCAGAAUCUCAUCGAUUGGAUACAAGAGGACUGGCUGCAGUGCUGCGGCAUUGAUGGGCCCAAGGACUGGGACAGCAACAACUAUUUCAAUUGCUCGUCCAUUGCCAUUGGCAGCCGAGAGGCCUGCGGGGUGCCCUUCUCCUGUUGCCGUCGUCGGCCCCAAGAGCUUAUUAAAAACAAGCAAUGUGGCUAUGAUGUGCGAAAGGAGGGAUAUCCUGUGGAUAGGAAUAUACAUGAGCGUGGCUGUUUGCGCGCUGGCGAGGAUUGGUUGGAGGCACAUCUUAUAAGUGUGGCAGCGGCCUGCGUUGGUCUGCUGAUGCUGCAGGGUAUGGAGCUGUCCAAAAUAAUAUAUGAAAAGGGCUGCGUUCAGGCUGGUGAAGAAUGGAUGGAGCAUAAUUUGAUUAUCAUUUCCACGGCUGUCAUUGCGGUCAUGUUUUUCCAGAUCUUGGGUAUUUGUUUUGCUCAGAACUUGCGUGCCGACAUUUAUACCCAAAAAUCGAAAUGGCACUGACAAAUGGCCCUCGCUGCCCCCACAGCACUUUAGAGCAUAGCUCGCAAACAACGGUCAACACUUUUUUCCUUUGCUGUGUGGUCACUGACGAAACAGAAAAAGAUUUCGCUGAGCAGAACACAGCUGAGCAAAAACUGAUUUGAUCGGACCCUCUCUUUCUUCUUCGAAAGUGUCAACCGUUAUUUGCGAGGUCUGCUUUAGAGAAAAAAAGAAAGGAGGAGGAAUACGAGUAGUACAUCUAAUACAAGGCAGAAAAACACUACAAAUACUCAUCUACGCUUCGGUUAGUUAACUAUACUAUAAAUACCUUAUACUAUCUACCCAUAUGUGUCUGUACUCGUAUACACGAGUAUAUCUAUAGCUAGCUAUGUAUGUGUCUAACUAAAACGCAAACGCAUUCCGUCUUCGUGUGUGGGACAUGGACUAACAAAUAGUGUUGUGUUGCUCAUGAGUGAGUGAACAAAGAAGAGGUGUUCACUUAAGUGAGCAACUGAACAUGUUCCUUCCAAACUGUUCUCUUUUGCUCACUUGUUCACUACUCACUUUUUGCGCAAUUUUGCUCCUCAAAGGGCAUUUUGCGUUCUGGCAGUUGUUGCUUAUAUUUGCUUUUACUUCACAUUUUUUGUAUUACCGGCAAACUGUUCAUUCUUUUGAAAAUUCAGUACGUCCCUAAUUCGAAGUAUAUUCGAUACUUCGAAAGUAUAGUGAAAUUUGGAAUCACUGGAAUUUUCGUUGUUGUUGUAAAUGUUUGAUUAAAAUUGAAAUGUAACGUAUUUUAUUUGUGUCAAAAUCUCUGUAGCUAACAGAUCUGUGCAUGAACCGUGAACAAGUGAGCAUGUGAGCAAGCUAAGUGAGCAAGUGAGCAAUAUGAGUGAGUUGACUCACUUACUAAAAAAGAACAAGUGAACAUUUUCACCAAAAUGAGCAAUGUUUACUGAACACUACUAACAAACAACAUUAACUAGGUUGCCAAAUUUUUGCUGUUUUUAAGUCGGCUUUCUCUUUGCCCAAAAUCAAACAAAAUGGAGAAACAAAAAGAAAAAACAAAAGUAAAAUCAAUGCAAAACAUUUUAAAGACAUUUUCUAUACAUUUUUACAAAUUAAAGUAAACGAGGAGGAGGAUAUUUUUACUCGAAAUGCAGCUGUGAUAUAUUUUUAAUGAAUGUAUAGAGAGAGAAAAACACAACAGAAAUUAUAUGCAACAAUUUUCCAACCAACAAAAAGUUAAAACAAAACGAAACACAUUCCUAAACUGAAGAAACGCUACAACCUAGCACAAACAACAAAAAUAUAUAUCAUGAAUGCAACACUAUAAUAAUUAUUUUUGUAAAAGAAUACGCACAGAUAGAAAUAUUACAAAAGAAAAAAUAACACACAUACCAUGUAGCUUGCUUUUCUCAUUUCAAAAAGAGCUUAAACUAAAAGAAACAGAAAAAAAACUAUAACAAAAAGUAAGCUAUAUGUAUAUUUUUGCAAGAAGCGCAAACUGAAACUUGAUGUUAAACUACUCUCGUAAAUUAUCUUGAGAUCAGUUUGUGGUUUAUUUAUGAGGAAGCGCACUCCUAACUUUUGUACUCUAAGACUCUAAAAAAAGAGCACAAAAAGUAUUCGUUCUUGUACCUUGAAUGAAAAAUUACUACACGAGUUGUGUUCUUUAAUGAUCCUGAUUCUGAACUAUAUUUCCAUUAGAUAAGAGCUCAUUUAGCCAAGGCUUUAUCCUACAUAAGUAUGUCCUGAACACUGCCCUGAACAACAACUGAAACAACUGUAUUAUUUACCCUCUGAAGGUCCAUUCCUGAUUUGUCCGACGCAUUGCACAGAUCAGUAUUAAAGCUAUAGGGUAGUUUACCAAAUAUUUUAUUAAAAAUGGAAGCCCUCAAGUCACUGCCCUAGAAACCAGCCUUUUUGCUUUACUCGAUAUUGAAUAAAAGAAUCUCAAAGUUGUAAUCGUAUUUUCAAGCUACAUUCGGAAUGGAUCUUCUUCCUCUUAGAAUCUCCCAAUUUUCUUAAGAGUUCUCUUAAUAGAAAGCCAAGACAUUAAUUGAUUUAAUGCUUAAAUUGCAUAGAGAACUCUGAAUCUCCGUUUGCCAAUGAUAAAGCCCAUUAACAAUUAGGAAUCUAUCAAAAUUUAAGCGAACAAA